AGUGUAACGCAUUUAAAAUUGUAAGCUACUAGCCUCUGGUUUCGUUUGUCAAGUCGUGUUAUUCGCACACUUGUGUUAUUGUUAGUUGUUGUGGAUUGCUAUAUUUACUUAAUUUAAGUGAAUUGUAAGUGCUUUCGGAGUCAUGGGUACAUUUUCGUCUUGUUUUUCCUUCAGAUUUCACAAAAGUGCUAUUCACAUAUCCCCUAGCACACAGCUUACCUUCAGGAUAGUCGCAAACCUACCUAAAACUAAGAGUUAAACAGAAUUCUUUGUUCUGCAUUUUAUCUUGUUAAAUCAUGGCUGACGAUGCUGCCAGAAAGCUGCAGUUCGAGUACAAAAUCAACUCCAACCUUGUACUCUCAACAGAUCGGUCACUCAUCGACAGACGUCCAAGGGAUGAAUCCACCGGAGAGGUAUUAAGUUUAGCUGGGAAAAUUCGUGCUCAAGAAAUGGGACACAAAUCUCAAAGAACAAAACCACCUAUGUUGCAUGAGAAACGAGCGAAGUAAGUUAUUUAAUCCCAUCUUAUAGCUUAAGACGUCAAAAACGUGACGAGUCCCAACAGGACGCUUUGAAAUUGAAAGGAGCUAGCCUACUAAACGAUGAUUUCAACGAUAUAGCUGGAAUCAUGUACCACCCUAAGACACCAGACACUCGGAAAACCUAUGAAUACAUUCUUCACUGUAUUCAAGAGGCUUUAGGUGACCAGUCACGUGAAAUCCUAUGCGGAGCAGCCGAUGAAGUUAUAGCCACUUCUAAGAAUGUUCAUUUAAAAGACAAAGAGAAAAGGAAGGAAACGGAGUCCUUGUUAGGUCCUCUCGUUGAUGAGAGAUAUAACAUUAUUGUCAACCUUUGCAAGAAAAUCACAGACUGGAAAGAAGAAGAACCUGCGUCUACCGCGGUCUCUAACUCCAAUGACAGUAUUGAUCAAACGUAUGGCGUAAAUGUUCAGUUUGAAGAAUCAGACCAAGAGGUAUGUUAGUUCAUGUGUUUUUUCUAGCUAGGUCGUUGAAAUAAACAGUAAUUUCAUUUUUUAAUUUAAACAAUUGAUCAUUAUUAAUCACGCUACACUAUCCACAGAAAUAUGGUCAAGUUCGUGUUUUAUUUUCAGUCAGUGCUCUACCGAUGCCAGAAAGGCCACGAAAAGUUAGUCACGUUUUCACAAGGAGUAUAUUGCAUUGGCUCCAAACUGGCUAAACGAAAUCAAACGAUCGUGCUAAAAUCCUGUUCGAGCGUUUCAGGAUAAGCACACAUAGACGGAAUGAGGUUCUAAUAUUUUAGCUCGUAACGUCUGUUCGAACAUCGGAAGCUUCAACAUGUACUUUGAGGUGAGGUUUUAAGAGACAUGGGGUAGCAUCUUCCUGACUCUAAUCAUACGGGAAUAAAAACAAUAUUCCCAAACUUUUCUAUAUGGAGCUCUGAUUUCGUGGUUAAGGCACUCGAUCUUUAGUCAACAAAUUGUUGGUUCCUCUUAAUGCGGUUUGAGUAGUUAAUUAAUAUUAUUAGUAUUCUCUAGCUCAAAUCCUACUACAUAAACAUGUACUUAGUAAGCAUCAACUGGUCCGAAUAGUUAUAAAGUGAACUUUUGGAAAAUUCCUUUUAAAGACUUCAGUAACCAAACAGUAUAUUUAAAGAAUCUAAGCAGUGUAGUUUGUUGAUAGUCUUAAACAGUGCGGUUCAAAUGUUUCGCUUGGGAAAUAUAAUUUAAAAUACUAGGACACACUUUUGCUUACACUUUGUCUGACAAAAAAUUAAUUAAGGAGACUCAUGCACUUGAUUUUCAACAAUGCUUAGUAUAGGGUCUAGUAUUACUGUUUAGCUACUUAAACUGAAGCCGGUGCAGCAAUGUUUAGAUCUGUGAUCCAGAAUCCAUCAUUCACCGCGGUGAAAAAACCGCGCUUGCAACCACUCCCUUUGUAGUAUGAAACAGUUGUCCCGUUUGAUUAUUAGAUGAAUAAACCCUUACAUUCACGUUGAAAGAUUGGUUUACAGUCUUCAAGCGGUGGUAAUUGUUCAGCUUUCGGCCACUAAGUCCCAAGUUCGAGACCCUCUCCGUCUACUUCAGUGUGGACAAUUGGUUGGUACCAUUAGUCUCAUACCCAAGUUCCUAGUUUGCGAGUAGAUUUAGAACUCAUAACCCGGGCAAAAUAUGCAAGUAUAGAUCAAUGGAUGGGUGUGCUGUAUAUCAAUAGUUUCUAAACUAUGGUUACUUAAGGUAUGCGGCGUAAAAAGAUCCUGAAUUCAUGAGUCAGUAACUUCAAACUUCUUGUCUUACAUGUUACUGACAUUUCUUUAAAAAAAACUCUGAACAACUCAGGCAUCAAGACAUCAAAUAGUGAUGAGAAACACUACUUCGGACCAUAAACUGUAUUUCCGAUAUAUCUGUUUUUUGUGUAGGAUGAGGAAGAUGCAUUUGGGGAGGUCAAAGAAGAGGAUGAUGAAGAUGAACCAGAUGGGGAGGAGGCCGUUGUAGAGAUGACUUUACAGUCUCGUAAAAAUGAGUCAGUUAUUACCGCUCACCAAAAUGCUGAAAAUUUACAUCCUCGGGAUAUUGAUGCAUUUUGGUUGCAACGUAACCUUGCCAAGCAUUGUAAAGUUGGUUUUGCUUUAUAAUUCUAUAUUUAACCGUUUUUGAUUUAUUUAAUACGCAAACGUUUAUGUGUUUGUAUCUCCAUUUACAUAAGUUAGUUCUUUUCUUAGAGGCAUUCGUUUCUAACUACUUAUCAAGUCAGACACUUUUCCUUUGAAUUUUCACCAUUAUCUACUCGUACCUAGGUCAGUACACAGGCAUAAAUACCUCAGGAUUUAGUACGAAUGAUUGUAGAUCCAAAUUUUCACAUUUUAAACCAAUGUUAGCAUAAGGGUUAUCUCACUUGAGUUUUAACCAUUGAAUUACAAUUUUGAGCUACUGAAUAGUAUUGUUAACCAUGACUCAGUACUACUCAAAUCAGGAUACACAAACCUUCAUUUUAUGUUGUGACUACAUUGUAAUUAAGUAAGCUUAGCGAUAGUAAUUCCAGAAAGCGGAAAAAAUGUCAACUUUAAGCAUCUUUAAAAUCUCAACUCAAAUCACGUACUUAGUAUAACGUCUAUUCUGACCGACUCACUGUUACCUGAAAUUUUCAUUCGUUUACUACCAUCUCAAUAACUCCAACCAUAAAGUUUACGACAAUUAGCGCGACUUAAACACAUUACAUGUGUUUUAAUUAUAACCGUUUCCAUUCCUAAUUAUUACGUAAUCACUGUUACCUUUAGUUAGAAUACUGGAUAGUAUUGCUAGUGUUCACUUGGUUUAUGGAAACAAGUCGUGUAGUACAAGCAGCUUAUCACCUUACCUAUCAAGCUGUUGAUACGGGUUCUGACAGUCGAUUUUGUUUCAAUGCACAGUUCUGAAACAUUCAUUAAAGUUAGGCUGCACAAGACCACAGAUACCUCAUCAAAAGUGUUUUCAAAACACUUCAUUCCUCCUAUUUUAGAGUUUCAUGAAACAAUUUCAGGGUGAUUCUAUCGCUAUAUGCUAACAGUUCAUGGAAAGCAAAAAAACCGCUAACCUUGGUGCAAACUGACGUCUGCUCAAUCCAUUUACUUGUGUGUAUCUCAUUACUCUAGUCUUAUCUUUCGACUGUUCCCUUGCAGUUGCUUAUCAUUGUUUUAUAGUUGAUUUUUCUCACUGUUAUGGCUUACCUGUUUUGUUAGUUACUUUCAUGCACAUUAAUUGAUGGAAUCGGGUGUUAAAGAUCAAUAAAUUAUUCUAAGCGGAUUUAUUUAAUUAUUUGUUGAAGUUAUCUCUCCUUGCUGCUUUUAAUCUCAUUGUAGGAUCCGAUACUUGCUCAGGCGAAAGCUCGCGAAUGUCUGGAAAUUCUCCAGUCAGCUUCUGAUGAUAGGGAUCUAGAAAACCGUUUAGUUCGUGCUCUCGGUUAUGAGCAGUUCGACUUUGUCAAAAUUUUACGCAAACAUAGACUUAUGGUUUUGCACUGUAUUUUAUUGGCACAAGCACAAACAGUUCAGGAACGUAGUCAAAUGGAGGCAAAAAUGCGUAGCGAUCCUACAUUAGCCAAAGUAUUGCAUGAAUUAAGAGAAACAGAAAAUUCUGCAGAUUUAGUCGCUGAAGAACGUCAAAGAAAAAAUGUUCAGCGUGUCGUCCGUGUUCAGGCUGAUAUGGAGCAUGAAAAUAUGAACGAUGAAGGUUUUCACUUGUCUGAAGACGGUGCUAUCGGUGUUGCAAAUAUCGUUGACUUAGAGGGUCUAGCUUUUUCGCAAGGAGGACAUUUAAUGGCAAACAAGAGAUGUCAGUUACCCGAUGGUUCAUUUCGAAAGCAGAAAAAGGGUUACGAAGAAGUACAUGUACCACCUUUACGCCAAAAACCAUUAGAACCAGGCGAAACUCUAAUAAAAAUUGAAAAACUACCUGCGUAUGCACAAGCUGCCUUUGAAGGUUGCAAAACUCUCAACUUAAUUCAAAGUCGAUUAUACCAUGCUGCUAUGGAAACGGAUGAAAAUUUGCUGCUAUGUGCCCCUACUGGUGCCGGUAAAACAAAUGUAGCUUUAUUGUGUAUUAUGCAUGAACUUGGCAAAUUUAUUAAUCCUGAUGGUACCAUAAAUAAAGAUGAAUUCAAACUUAUUUACAUUGCACCUAUGCGAUCUUUGGUACAAGAAGUUGUUGGUAAUUUUAAUAAGUUGUUAAGCAGUUAUGGUAUUAAGGUUGAUGAACUUACUGGUGAUCACCAACUUAGUCGUGAACAAAUUUAUGAAACACAAGUUAUUGUAUGCACACCAGAAAAAUGGGAUGUAAUCACACGUCGUGGUGGGGAUGAGCGAGCUUACAUACAGUUGGUUAGAUUAAUCAUUUUUGACGAAAUUCAUCUACUACACGAUGAUCGUGGUCCAAUACUGGAAGCUAUUGUUGCACGAACUUUACGUGCUGUAGAGAACACAUCCGGUCUAGCCGUUUCUAAUGAUAUUGGCGGUGGAGGUGGUGUUCGUCUUGUCGGUUUGAGUGCUACGCUACCAAAUUAUGAAGAUGUAGCGACGUUUCUACGAGUUGAUUGUUCGAAAGGAUUAUUUCAUUUUGAUAACAGUUAUCGUCCUGUACCAUUAGAGCAACAAUAUAUUGGAAUUACUGAGAAAAAAGCUGUAAAACGUUAUCAAAUAAUGAAUGAUAUUGUUUAUGAUAAAGUAAUGGAACAUGCUGGACGUAAUCAAAUUUUAAUAUUUGUUCAUAGUCGUAAAGAAACUGGAAAAACAGCACGUACAUUAAGAGAUUCAUGUUUAGAAAAAGAUACUUUAGGUAUAUUUAUGAAAGAGAAAAAUGCAUCGGCUGUUGUUCUACGUCAAGAAGCCGAACAAGUCAAAAAUCCUGAACUUAAAGAUUUACUUCCUUACGGAUUUGGUAUACAUCAUGCUGGUAUGAGCCGUGUUGAUCGUACUUUAGUUGAAGAUUUAUUCGCUGAUCGACAUAUUCAAGUUUUAGUCUCUACUGCUACAUUAGCUUGGGGUGUUAAUCUACCAGCUCAUACGGUGUUGAUUAAAGGAACUCAGAUUUAUAGUCCAGAAAAAGGACGUUGGACGGAAUUAGGUGCUUUGGAUGUUAUGCAAAUGCUUGGUCGUGCUGGUCGCCCUCAAUAUGAUACGAAAGGUGAAGGUAUACUGAUUACAAAUCAUACAGAGUUACAAUACUAUUUAAGUUUAAUGAAUCAACAACUUCCAAUUGAAAGUCAGCUGGUCUCACGUUUGGCUGAUUUACUUAAUGCAGAAAUAGUUUUAGGUACUGUAACAACUAUUCGUGAAGCCGUAACUUGGUUGGGCUACACUUAUCUAUACAUUCGUAUGCUUCGAAACCCCACGUUAUAUGGUGUACCACAAGGUAGUGAAAAGGAUGACCCUUGGCUUGAACAAUAUCGUCGAGAUUUAGUGCAUACAGCAGCAAUAGAAUUAGAACGUUCACAGUUAAUUCGUUAUGAUAGACGUUCAGGAUGUUUGCAGUCAACUGAACUUGGUCGAAUCGCAUCACAUUACUACUUAACUCAUACAACUGUACUUUCAUACAAUAAAUUGCUUCGUCCGGGUUUGGGUGAAAUAGAAUUAUUCCGUGUGUUUGCUGCCAGUUCUGAAUUCAAACAUAUGACUGUUCGACAGGAAGAACGAUUUGAAUUAGCCAAACUUCUUGAACGUGUUCCGAUUCCAAUCAAAGAAUCUCCUGAAGAACCUUCAGCUAAAAUCAACUGUUUAUUACAAGCAUAUAUUUCUGGAUUGAAAUUAGAAGGAUUCUCUUUAAUGUCUGACAUGGUUUAUAUUACUCAGUCAGCUGGUCGACUUGUACGAGCAAUCUUUGAAAUUGUUCUUCAUCGAGGUUGGGCUGAAUUAGCAGAUAAUGCACUCACAUUGGCUAAAAUGAUUGAACGUCGUAUGUGGGAAUCAAUGUGUCCUUUGCGUCAGUUUAAAAAGUUACCAGAUGAAGUUAUUCGUAAAUUAGAGAAGAAAUCAAUACCAUUUGAUCGUUUAUAUGAUAUGAAUCAUCAUGAAUUAGGUGAGUUGGUACGGUUACCUAAAUUAGGUAGACCUCUACAUAAAUACCUACAUCAAUUACCUCGUCUAGAAAUGAGUGUACAUGUUCAACCAAUUACAAGAUCAGCUUUACGUGUUGAGCUAACUUUAACACCUGAUUUUAUUUGGGAUGAAAAAGUACACUCAACAAAUCAAGCGUUUUGGAUAUUUGUUGAAGAUGUUGAUGGAAACAGUGUAUUACAUCAUGAAUUCUUUGUAUUAAAACAACGUUAUGGAACAGAAGAGCAUGUUUUACGAUUUGUUUUACCAAUAUUCGAUCCAUUGCCACCACAUUAUUAUAUAACCGCUGUAUCUGAUCGUUGGAUUGGUGGUGAGGUAACUUUACCAGUAUCAUUUAGACAUUUAAUAUUACCAGAAAAAACAAUACCACCUACUGAAUUAUUGGAUCUACAACCACUUCCAGUGACCGCAUUAAGAAACAAAGAUUUUGAAGCAUUAUACACAGAUCGUGUCAAAGUAUUCAAUCCUAUACAAACACAGGUUUUCAAUUCCCUAUAUAAUUCAGAUGAGAAUGUCUUAAUAGCAGCUCCAACUGGAAGCGGCAAGACAGUUUGUGCUGAAUUAGCAAUAUUUCGUUUAAUAACUACACAUAAUAGUAGUUCAACGAAUCCGUCAGAUUCUUCAGGUACAACUGCCAAUUUUCGGUGUAUUUACGUUUUACCACCACAUGAAGAACAAGUGGAACAGCGUUAUAUUGAUUGGGCAAGUCGAUUUGGUGAGAAGUUGGGUAAACGUGUCGUUCGAUUAACUGGAGAAACCUCUGUGGACUUAAAAUUAUUAGCUCGUGGGAAUAUCAUAGUAACUACACCAGAACACUGGGAUGUGCUAUCCAGAAGAUGGAAACAACGUAAAAAUGUACAAAAUGUCAAUUUAUUUAUUGCAGACAAUUUACAUUUAGUUGGUUCUGAAGGCGGCUCAGUGUUAGAAGUGGUGUGUUCAAGAAUGCGUUACAUCAGUAGUCAAGUGGAUAAUCCAAUUCGUAUAAUUGGCUUGUCUCAUAGUCUUACCAAUGGUCGUGAUAUUGCUAGUUGGCUUGGUUGUACUUCUGGAGCAACUUACAAUUUCCCACCUGCUACUAGACCUAUUCCUUUAGAAUUGACUAUUAUGCCGUUCAAUAUUCCACACCAGGCGUCUCGUUUGUUAGCGAUGACUAAACCUGUUUAUCAACUAAUAACACGACUAGCAUUUACCCCAAGUCCUGCGGGUAGCUCACAGCAUUCCCAGCGUAAACCAACUUUAGUUUAUGUGCCUACCAGACGUCAAACACAAAGAGCUGCUCUCGAUUUGAUAACCAUGUUCGCUGUCAGCAAUGCAACAUCUAAAUUUCAAACUAUCUCAAGUCACUUGGAAGAAGCUUUGUCUCGUGCCGCUGAUCAGUUAGCAGAUAGAGCAUUAGCUGAAGUUAUUCGUCAUGGUGGCGGUGUAGCUUAUUUACAUGAAGCUAUCUCAAAACCAGAUCGUCGAUUAAUUGAAGUGUUAUUCGCUGCCGGUGCAUUACAUACCUUGGUUGUAUCACGUGCGCUUGUUUGGGCUGCAGCCUCACCAAAUCCAUUGACAGCUUAUCUUGUAAUUGUAAUGGAUACACAAGAUUAUAAUGGAAAGAUUCAUGCUUAUGAAGAUUAUCCAAUAGUUGAUUUGAUUGAGAUGUUAGGACAUGCUAAUCGUCCGAAUAUCGAUAGUGAAGCUAAAGCUGUUGUAUUAUGUCAAACUGGAAAGAAAGAAUUCUUGAAAAAAUUCCUUCAUGAUCCAUUACCAGUGGAAUCACAUCUAGAUCAUGCUCUACAUGAUCAUUUCAACGCUGAAAUAGUCACCAAAACUAUUGAAAAUAAACAAGAUGCUGUGGACUAUUUAACAUGGACCUUCCUCUAUCAACGUAUGACACAAAAUCCAAAUUACUAUAAUUUGCAGGGUGUGACACAUCGACAUUUAAGUGAUCACCUAAGUGAAUUAGUCGAGACCACAUUGAAUGAUCUGGAGACAUCCAAAUGUAUUUCUAUAGAAGAUGGUAUUGAUUUGGCUCCAUUAAAUCUGGGCAUGAUAUCGGCGUAUUAUUAUAUUCAGUACAACACAAUAGAAUUAUUCAGUUUAUCAUUAACAGCUAAAAUGAAAAUUCGUGGUUUAUUAGAUGUGAUUAGUAAUGCAGCUGAAUUUGAUAUAUUAUUACCUGUACGACAUCAUGAAGAUAUUCUAUUACGUCAAUUAAGUGUAAAAGUACCACAGAAAUUAGCACCAAAAGCUAAAUUUUCUAGUCCACAUGUUAAAGCAAAUUUAUUAUUACAAGCACAUUUAUCACGUUUACAAUUACCAAAUGAAAUGCAAACAGAUACUGAUCGUUUAUUAAGUUGUACUAUACGUUUAAUUCAAGCUUGCGUAGAUGUUUUAUCCAGUAAUAGUUGGUUAGGUCCUGCUUUAGCAGCUAUGGAACUAUCACAAAUGUGUACACAAGCUAUAUGGCAUAAAGAUUCUUAUUUACGUCAAAUACCACAUUUUACAGCUGAACGUAUUAAUCAAUGUAAAGAAAACAAAGUUGAAACUGUAUUUGAUUUAAUUGAAUUAGAAGAUGAAGAACGUAAUCAAUUACUAGAUGGAUUAACGCAAGUUCAAAUGGCUGAUGUAGCUAGAUUUUGUAAUCGUUAUCCAAAUAUUGAAAUUACUUAUGAAAUUACCACAAAUAAUGGAAAUAAUGCAUUAAAAACACCUAUACGAACUGGUGAAACAUUAACUGUACAAGUAUCGUUAGAACGUGAAGAAGAUAAUGUGGGUCCAGUUAUAGCACCGUUUUUCUCUCAGCCUCGUGAAGAAGGUUGGUGGUUGGUAGUUGGAGAAGUAAAAACAAAUUCAUUAGUUGCAAUCAAGCGCCUAUUUGUUUCACAAUCAAUGAAAGUUCGCUUAGAUUUGAGUGCACCAAACCAUUCAGGUCGUCAUGAAUUCACUUUGUUUUUUAUGUCAGAUGCGUAUAUGGGUUGUGAUCAAGAGUAUAAAUUUCAAAUUGAAGUACGUGAAGGAGGAGGAGGUGGUGGAGGGACAGGUGGACGAAGCCAUAAUGACUAACGAAAGCUAACAUAACUGUUAAUUAUUUUGUUCAUACAUAUAUAAACCCUUGUACACAACCACUUACCGUUUUCUUUUAUACACGUCUUUUGUAGU